AUCAGAUGUCUCUCUUCAGGGCAUUAAAGAAAACCUGUGCAGUAGUCAAAAAGAGCCUCUUCUCUAGAGAAACGACUGAAGCACUGAGAAUGGAAGCCACACAGAUUAAUAUGUCACGUGUCCCGCUGGUUAAUGGAGGCAUCAACACUGCACUCAAGGCACACAGACCACGUGUGAUGUCCAAAAGUGGUCACAGCAAUGUGCGGAUAGACAAAGUUGAUGGCAUUUACCUACUCUACCUUCAAGAUUUGUGGACUACAGUUAUAGACAUGAAAUGGAGGUACAAACUCACCCUAUUUGCUGCAACUUUUGUCAUGACCUGGUUCCUUUUUGGAGUUAUCUACUAUGCCAUUGCAUUUCUUCAUGGAGAUUUAGAAAUAAACAAGUUCACCCCAAAGCGUGAGCCAUGUGUCAAGAACGUGGACUCUCUGACAGGGGCAUUCCUCUUCUCCUUGGAGUCGCAGACGACCAUUGGCUAUGGAUUUCGUUUCAUUACAGAGGAAUGUCCUCAUGCCAUUUUCUUGCUUGUGGCCCAGCUGGUCAUCACAACCUUGAUUGAAAUCUUUAUCACAGGUACCUUCCUGGCCAAAAUUGCAAGACCUAAAAAAAGGGCAGAGACUAUUAAGUUCAGCCAUUGUGCUGUCAUUACUAAACACAACGGAGAACUUUGUCUGGUGAUCAGAGUAGCAAACAUGAGGAAGAGCCUUCUGAUACAGUGUCAGCUGUCUGGGAAGCUUCUUCAGACGUAUGAAACCAAAGAAGGGGAGAGGAUCUUGCUAAACCAAGCCAGCGUCAAGUUCAAUGUUGACUCCUCUUCGGAGAGUCCUUUUCUCAUUUUGCCUUUAACUUUCUACCAUAUUUUGGAUGAAAGCAGCCCCUUAAGAGAUCUCACACCUCAAAAUCUCAAGGAGAAGGACUUUGAGCUUGUGGUGCUUCUGAAUGCCACAGUGGAAUCCACCAGUGCUGUCUGCCAAAGCAGGACUUCUUACAUCCCGGAGGAGAUCCACUGGGGCUAUGAGUUUGUGCCUGUGGUUUCUCUCUCUCCAAAUGGAAAGUACGUUGCUGAUUUCAGUCAGUUUGAGAAGAUCAGGAGAUGCACAGAUUCUACUUUUUAUAGUAUGAACUCUGAAAAACAAAAGCUAGAGGAGAAAUAUAGGCAAGAGGACCAGAGAGAAAGGGAACUGAGAACAAUGUUGUUACAGCACAGCAAUGUUUGAUUGAAUGGACAAACUACCUUGAUCAAUCCUUUUCCUAAACGGAAAAAGCAUCCUCUCUGUGCUGUAUGUCAGCUA